AUUUAUAUUGUUUAUGCUCUGUCUCCGCUCAUCACAGGUAAGCGCUCAAUGAGCAGGAAGUUUUUGCUUUCUUGUUCUCUCUCGUGUGUUCCCAUUGCCAGAGUCGGAGCAGUGCAGAUUAUAUCCCAGUGAGACUGAAUUCACCUGGCUGCCCACUUCAUUCCACACGUGCUGAGUCCCCUCCCUGCUGGGCUCUGUGCGAGACACCAGGCAACAGAAAUAAGUCCCUGUUCCCAGAUGUGCUCCCUGUUUAGGAAACUUGACCAUUGUGGUCAAGUUGGGGGCUGCAGCUUCGUGUCACUGAGAGGACUUCCUCUGAGACCACCAGCCUUUGGAAACAUUGGACACAUCCAGUGGGAGACUCAGAGAGCUGUGGUACCCUGAGGUCUGGCUGGCAAAGCCCCUGACCCUGAUCUGUCAUGUUCUCCUUUGAAGGUGGGAAAAGGCACGUACUGUGUCUCAUUUCAUAGGUGAGAAAACAGCUACAGCAAAAUGACAUGAGCUGGAACUCAGCCUCUUUUUGCUACACCAGUACUGAAGGGGGAGAAUGGAGGAAUGGAAUCAGGUGGGAACAAACACGAAUGCAGAGUUUGAAUCCAGAUCCCAAAGCCCAGUACACAAGCAUCUACGGAGCCCUCAAGAAAAUCAUACGGACUGAAGGCUUCUGGAGGCCCCUGCGAGGACUCAAUGUGAUGAUGAUGGGCGCAGGGCCCGCCCACGCCAUGUAUUUUGCCUGCUAUGAGAAUAUGAAAAGGACUUUAAAUGUCGUUUUCCACCACCAAGGAAACAGCCACCUAGCCAACGGGAUAGCUGGGAGUAUGGCCACCCUGCUCCACGAUGCAGUAAUGAACCCAGCAGAAGUGGUGAAGCAGCGCAUGCAGAUGUACAACUCGCCGCACCGGUCGGCCCUCAGCUGCAUCCGGACGGUCUGGAGGACUGAGGGCUUGAGGGCCUUCUACCGGAGCUAUACCACACAGCUGACCAUGAACAUUCCCUUCCAGUCCAUCCACUUCAUCACCUACGAGUUCCUGCAGGAGCAGGUCAACCCUCACCGGGGCUACAACCCGCAGUCCCACAUCAUCUCAGGUGGCCUGGCUGGGGCCCUCGCUGCGGCCGCCACCACCCCCUUGGACGUCUGUAAGACCCUCCUCAACACUCAGGAGAACAUGGCCCUCAACCUGGCCAACAUCAGCGGCCGGCUGUCGGGCAUGGCCAACGCCUUCCGGACGGUGUACCGGCUCAACGGCCUGCCCGGCUACUUCAAGGGCAUGCAGGCCCGCGUUGUCUACCAGAUGCCCUCCACUGCCAUUUCCUGGUCUGUCUAUGAGUUUUUCAAGUACUUCCUCACCAAGCACAAGCUGGAGACCCGAGCUCCGUACUAAAGGAAUAGGCUGUGGGCAGUGAUUCCAGAAUCUUGUAUUUUUAAAAGGUUUUCCCUGCCUGCUUCCAUCCCCUUGCCCUCACACCAAGCUUAUUUUUGCAGGGUGUUUUCAGGGUGGGCCUUCUGUGCCCUGACACCUUAGAGAGAGAGGAUGGGACAGCCACUUACCAGAAGGCCGUCCAAGGGACAUCCCAGGUGGUGGUAGGUGGGGAAGACUUUGGAAGGGGAGCAAGAAAUGGCUUUCUGUUUCCUCCCUAAGAGGAGGGUAGCUUCUCUGCUUCACUGUGGCAAGCCCCGGCCCUAGAGUCAUAGGUUGCAGGGGGCGAGAAAAUGUGCAGUGACUGAAACAUUAAAGCAAAAAACAACAAAACAUGUACAUAAAAGUUCCAGUACACAGGAUAAAACAGAUGGAUAAUGUUUAUUCUUUAUUUUUCUAUGUAGAAGUUUUUGGAUUUGUGUGUGUGCCUGUGUGUGUGUGAAGUGUGACAGCUGGGGCUACACAACUGUUUUUAAAAAACAGAGGGCCGACUCCCCCACUGGGUUAAGGGAAAGGCACCAAGACAGGACAUUGCUGAGUGUGGCCUCAGAUUGUGUUGAGCCCCCAAAUGGAAGUUUCACUUGAAUGUAAAAUAAUAAAUGUAAGUUUAUAUUUUGAAUUUCUCUUCUAUGGGGGGGGGGGAGGUACAUUGAAAACAUUAAA